AUGUAUCUCCUAAUCUUCCCUCUUAUUUUCACCGUCAUCUCAUCAGCUCCUCCUCAUACUCACAUCGAAAACAGCCACCCGAUUGACAUGACCAGAGGAUUCGCAAAUUUGAGACCAAUUUUUGAAGCUGUCAGAUCGUCAUCAGUAGAUAAUCUAGAACCGAUCAGAAAGUUUUUAGAUCCAGAUUUUAUAUUUGAAUGUGAAGGCAUUGAUUACGAAAACGAUGAUGGGAUUCAUAUGUUGAUGGGUUACUUUGAUAGAGUUUACGUUAUUGGUGCUACUGAAGAUGGUAUUGUUGAAAAUGAGGGUUUUGACGAUACGAAACUUGUUUUUAAAUUUAGUAACGAUGGGAACAUUUUGAAUUCUGCUCAAUGUUUUGAAUAUGAACAAUAA